CCUCCCACGACCAGGAAGUAGGAUGAUCUGCGCCGUUCACUCAAUGACCGCACUUCGGCGCGCCAACACUUUCAAAGCUGACACUCAUGAGAAGUAACAUUAGAUAGGAGCCAAUGCACUGCAUGCUAAGCCAGUUGAAGAUUUCAAACACGCCUUGAUGGUGUGUUAUUUUGGUGUCUAAACCCAAUCCAGGGAGGCGUUAGAGUUUUGAAAAAAGACAACAGAGUCUGGGGCGUGCUUUAUACAUAUUAACAAACUGAGGACGAUGAUGAGAUACUUAUCCUGGACAGCAAAAUCAGGAUUAAUUGAGUAACUUACAAGGAGGCAUGAAGAGCCAGGCUUGAGGGACUUGCAUCCAGAAUCUUCCGCAGAGGAGGAGGAGGAGGAGGAGGAGGUGGAUGGAGGAAGAGGAAUCCAGGAUGCUGGAAGAGGAAGAGGAAGGGGACGAAGAGGGCGGGAUGGGGGCGGGCGAGGGCAACUCGGACAUAGGGGGUCCGGUGGACCUCCAGGUGGCGGUGCAGAGGCUGACGCUGGAGCUUCAGGAGGCCAACGAGGAGAAGCUGCAGGCGGCUCGCUACGGCCUGGCCGUCCUGGAGGAGAGCGCCGUCGUCAAGAGCCGCAACAGCCAGCUGGAGGAGGAGCAAGAGGCCCUGAAGCAGGAGCUGCAGCAACUACGCGAGGCCCUGGCGGACUCGAUGAGCAGUCAGAAGCGAGCGGCGGCAGACGGCGAGAACCGCGAAGAGUCUUUGCUCCAGGAGACGGCCAGCAAGGAGGCUGCCAUGUCGACGCGCAUGGAGGAGCUGCAGGCGGAGCUUCGACAGGCCCGCAUCACGCUGGCCAAUGCGCUCGCAGAGAGCGAGAGGCUGGGCGGGCUCUCAGCACAGCUCAAAAAGGAAUGCGAGUGCUUGGAGGCUGAGAAGGGCCACAUGCGUGAUGAGAUGAAGGAGUUUAAGGUGCGCGAGAUUCAGCAGCUGCAGGAUAACAGCGAGCUUGAAGAGGAGAACAUCACAAUGCAGAAACAAGUCUCGGUUCUAAAGGAGAACCAGGUGGAGUUUGAGACGCUGAAGCUGGAGCUGUCCCAUAAGGAGGAGGAGCAGGAGGUGCUCCGUGCCCAGCUGGAGGAGGCGGGCCGCCUGCGGGCGAUCGCCGAGCGUCAGCUGGACGAGGCUCUGGAGGCGCUGAAGGAGGAGUGCGAGCAGAAGAACUGCCUGCGCCGGGAGCUCGCCGCCCUGGCCCUCAACCCCUUCGACUCCCUGGGGCCCCUGGACCUCCACCUGGGGCAGCUCGACGACAGCCACGACGGCGGGGGAGGAGGGAAGGGAGGCGGGAGAGGGGAGGAUGGAGAGAGGGGGGAGGAGGAGGACCAGGACAGUGGGUAUAAUAACGGGCUGGGCUCUGGCUGUGCCCCGGGGUCUAAGGGGUCGAGCGGCGGCGGGAAGGCCCAGCUGCGGUGCUCCACGCCCAGGAGCAGCGACGCCUUCCUCAGGCCCCCGGCUCCAGGGCUGGUGGCCGACCUGCUGAGCGAGCUGCACCUGUCCGACAGCCAGAAGCUCAAACAGCAGCUGCUGCAGGUGGAGCGUGAGAAGGUGAGCCUAGCCAACACAGUGCAGGACCUCCAGAAGCAGCUGGCUCUGUCCAAAGAGGCCCUGAAGGAGCAGCAGGUCAAGAUGGAGCAGCUGGCCCAGAGGCUGGAGGCCGCGCUCUCUCCCCAGCCCUCGGGGCCCAAGCCUGGGCAGGGCUCUGGCCAGAGCCCCCCUCUGGAGAACGGCCUGGGGGACGGUCGCAGCGGGGACGGCGGCGACUACUAUGAGCUGGACGCCAAGAGCGCGGAGGUGCUGGAGUGCCGCAUGGCCGCGGCGAGCGAGGAGGUGGCGCGGCUCCGGCAGGAGCUGAAGGCGGCGGACUCGCGCACGUCGGCGCUGGAGAGCCGCUGCCGCCAGGAGAAGGAGCGCUGGCGCGGCGAGGCCCAGGAGCUCGCCGACAAGAUCCGCCAGUGCAUCGCCGCCAGCCGGCAGGACCAGGAGCGCAUCGGGCAGCUGGAGCGGGAGAUCGGCGCCACGCGGCGCGUCGCCAGCGACUCGGAGGGCCACCUGAGCGCCACGCAGGAGGAGCUGCUGGCCUUCUCCGAGGAGCUGUCCGCACUCUACCACCACGUGUGCGUCAGCAACAACCUGACGCCCAGCCGCGUCACCCUAGACUACUACCGCGACGGGGGCGGCUGCCGAGGAGGAGGAGGAGGAGGAGGAGGAGGAGGAGGAGGAGGAGGUGGAGGUGGAGGAGGAGGGGGGCGCAGGGAGCACCAGCACCCGCUCCGGAAGCGGAGGGAGGGGUACGGGCGGAGCAGCGUAGGAGGGGAGGCCGACGGAGGAGGAGGAAGUGGAGACUCCUCCCCUGCCUGCGGCAGCUGCCCGGGGUCUCCCACCCCAGACUUCAGGGACCCCUCUAACGUCAGGAACCUUGUGGCUGUUAUCCGCUGCCAGAUCAAACACCUACAGGUGGCAGUUGACCUGUGCAGGAAGCGGGGCACGCUGCCGUCUGCGGCGGGGUCGCUGGGUUCGGAGGCGGAUCGGGACACGGAGGCGCUCCUGGAGGAGGUUCUGAAGCUCAAGUCCCUGCUGAGCACCAAGAGGGAGCAGAUCGCCACACUACGCACCGUCCUCAAGGCCAACAAGCAGACAGCGGAGUUGGCCCUGAACAACCUGAAGACGAAGUACGAGACGGAGAAGGCCAUGGUGUCCGAGACCAUGGUCAAGCUCCGCAACGAGCUCAAAGCCCUGAAGGAGGACGCUGCCACCUUCUCCUCUCUGCGCGUCAUGUUCGCUAGCAGGUGUGAUCAGUACGUGACGCAGCUGGAUGAGAUGCAGCGUCAGCUGGCGGCGGCGGAGGACGAGAAGCGGACUCUGAACUCUCUCCUGCGCAUGGCCAUCCAGCAGAAGCUGGCUCUGACGCAGCGGCUGGAGGACCUGGAGGUGCCCAUCUCGCCCAUCAGCAACGGCAGCGGGAUCGGGGGGAGCAGCAGCCCGCGCCGCUCCCGCGCCAAGCAGCUGGGCACCAAGUCUGGCCGCGCCCCCCGCAGCCCCCUCCGCUCCAGCCCCCGCUCCAGCCCCGUCUUCAUGACCCCCGCUGGCCCCCAGAGCAUGGGCAGCCACUUCCGGGUCAUCUCCCGCAGCCUGCACGGCAGCCCACGGUGAAAGGUCUUCAUCCCCCCCCAUCCCCCCACCCCUCUUCUCCAACCUGGCUCGUGUGUGAGGAACGUGAAUGUCGGCCUCCAUCUUUCUCACCUCCACAUGGGUCCUACAUGGGGAACGUUCAUGUCGACCUCCAUCUCUCUCACCUCCACCUGGCUCGUGUGUUGGGGAACGUUCAUGUCGACCUCCAUCUCUCUCACCUCCACCUGGCUCGUGUGUUGGGGAACGUUCAUGUCAACCUCCAUCUUUCUCCUCCACCUGGGUCCUACAUGGGGAACGUUCAUGUCGACCUCAUCACACCCUCAUGUGACCCCUUCCCCUCCUCCUCAGACCCUCUGCAUCUCAGGCCCAACAGACCUCACCAGCGUUCACCGGGACCUCUCUUCUCCUCCGUCAAACCCACUUUUCUUUCUUUCUCUCACAAACUGGCCUUUCUUCAUGUCUGGCCUGGUUUUCUUUCUUUCUCUCUGUUGUCUUUGUCU